UGCGCGGUGCGGCGAUGGCGGUGCCCGGCGCAGCGAUGGCGGCUCCCAGCGCCGUGUGGCUCGGCGGGGACCCGGUGGAGUGGGUGCUGUGCCCCUACGAUGUCCAUCACCGUGUUCCCCGCGCGUCGCUGGAGAGGCACGCGGCGUCCUGCCGGCUCCGGAGGAUGGGAUACUCCGCCGAGGAGGAGGCCGAGAUGUACGACUCCAGCUUUUUCUACGGAAACCUGAAGGUUCCUAGCAUCGCCAUGGAUAAAGAUCUACAGUUUCACAUUGUUAAGCAGGCUAGAGCCCAAAGUGUGAAGGAAGGUUCAGGCUACAGUGAAGGUUCUUACUCAUUACUGCCCAUAGAAGUUCCUCAAAACCACAAGCGUUUCACCUGUGACCUGACCCAAGCUGACCGCCUUGCUCUUUACGAUUACGUUGUUGAGGAGACAAAGAAACAGAGGUCCAGAUCCCAGAUUACGGAAAAUGACAGUGAUCUCUUCGUGGAUUUAGCAGCAAAAAUCACCCAAGAUGAUAGUCAGAAAGGUCCGAAGUCCCAUCUUGAAAUUCUGGCUGAAAUGCGAGAUUACAAAAGGCGGCGGCAGUCAUACAGAGCUAAGAAUGUUCAUAUAACAAAGAAGUCCUACACUGAGGUGAUUCGGGAUGUGAUUGGUGUGCAUAUGGAAGAACUCAGCAAUCAGUGGCAGGAGGAGAACAGGUUGGAUAAUUCAGAGAUAUGUGAAGGAGGGAAGUCAAAGUCUUCAGGAAGGUAUGCCACAGCUGACAGCUUCUUCAGGCAUGAAGCAGAAGGGAGGACAGGCGGUCAGCUUCAGUGGACUCGCGGCAGUCUGGGGGAAGCAGUAAGGACACGGAGUGCACGAGACACAGGAGAGACACCAGCAGGAGUCCAAGUAAACGGAGGAGGAGUCGUGAGAGAGGCAAAGACAGAGACUCUCGGAGAAAAAGAGAGAGGGAUGAAGACAAGUAUUACAAUCAUAAAAGAAGAAAGUAGGAACAAGAACCUGAUGAUUUUGUUUGUCAGCUGUUCAAAACAUAACUUCCACAAGAACUAUUGUUACUGCUGUUUUGCCCAAGACUGUAAAGGUGUGCACAUAAUAUUGACCUGUGCUGCUUGGAGACGAAAAAGUGCUACAGUUUGUCAGGAUGGAAGUAGUGUAUUUCAGAUAAUGUGUAAAUCUGUAACAUUUAUACAUCUGUUAAUAAAUUAUAUUGAUCUGUCAUGUAUUUGAGUUAUUCUCACAAGGCUAAAGAAUAAAAUUUAUGAGAGGCUGUAC